AUGAGUGACAACACCCACUCAUUCAAGAAAAUGGAGUUUCAACCGGCUGAGGCAAGGAAGUUCUUCAGCACAGUGAGGAAGGAAAUGGCUCUGCUCGCAACGUCACUUCCAGACGGCAUCAUGGUCAAAACAUUUGAAGAUCGCAUGGACCUUUUCUCCGCUCUGAUCAAAGGGCCGACUCGUACGCCCUAUGAGGAUGGUCUGUUCCUGUUUGACAUCCAGCUGCCCAACAUCUACCCUGCUGUGCCGCCGCUGUUUCGCUACCUGUCGCAGUGCAGCGGCCGCCUCAAUCCCAACCUCUACGACAACGGCAAAGUCUGUGUCAGUCUACUCGGCACCUGGAUCGGCAAGGGGACAGAGAGGUGGACCAGCAAGUCCAGUCUGCUGCAAGUCCUCAUCUCCAUACAAGGCCUCAUCCUGGUGAAUGAGCCUUACUAUAACGAGGCUGGCUUUGACAGUGACCGAGGUCUGCAGGAAGGGUAUGAGAACAGCCGCUGUUACAAUGAGAUGGCCCUGAUCAAGAUGGUCCAGUCUAUGACGCAGCUUCUACAGAAUCCUGUGGAGGUUUUCAAACAGGAAAUCCAGGAGCACUUUGUCUGUAACGGCUGGCGCCUCGUCCACCGCCUGGAGACGUGGCUGGAGCUGAACGACGGCGCUGAGAGGGGCCAUGCAGCACACAUGUCCUACAGGGCUUCACAUUCUAAAGACCGACCGCCCUCAGUGGAGCCUCUUGACGAGCAGCUGUCCUUGGGAACAGGGCCCCUGGUGGUGGCCCACAGCAGCCCCAGUAAGCCUGGUGAGGAGGGGAUCACCGGAGGAGGAGUUACCAGUAUUAUGGAGGAGGAGCUGGAGGAUUCAGGGCUCAGUCCUUCCACCACAGCAGCCUCUCAGCAGGAGCUGAGCCAGAACUCAGACUGUGACAGCAGCCAGGGUAACGCCUCUCUGUGUGGCGAAAGCAGGGCCCCCUCCACAGUUCCUGGCACUGUCCGUGGUGGGACAUCAGAAUCAGGUUCUACCACGCUUAGCGGAGGAGGGGUAGUCUCCACAGCAAGCCAGCCAGUGGUACGACCAAAGAAACGGAGAAAGAGCUACCGGAGUUUCCUCCCAGAAGGCAGCGGCUACCCAGACAUCGGCUUUCCACUCUUCCCGCUCUCUAAGGGGUUUGUUAAGAGCGUCCGAGGUGUGCUGCUGCAGUACCGAGCUGCGAUGGUCGCUGCCGGCGUCCCUGAGCACACAGAGGACAAUGUCCCUGCAGAUGAGUGUGAUGGAUAAAAGAUGGGUGGACCUACCCUGUCUCAUAGAAGCCCUCAUCUUUUCAUGGACGCAGGUAAAAACACAGAGCUUUUACUGGAGGCGAUCAAAGUUUCUCUCAGCCUCAGUGGACUUCAGUGGCAGUGGUGUGGAUACAAAAUGGACAAAAUGAGAUGGAAUAUCAGUGCCAUGAACCCUCUGCCACCCCCCCUCAUUCACCAAGCCUCUGCCAAGCACCCACCAUAUGGGUUGGGACUUGACGGAUAACCACUCAGCCUGGAAAAUAUAAAGCGGACUGGUGAACGGCUGGGUUGCACUGAAAAACUGCAAAUCCCAGCUCUCCUGGCUGUUGGGCUCACUGCGGCUCUCUGUAGCACUACUGAUAUUAUUACUGAACCAUCCUGCACUACAACAAACGGACAAUCUGGUGUGGAAGAGGUGACGUAUAAAUACACUGACCGAGAGGGUUCCUUUUUUUGAGUAGAUUUCACUGGUUGUACGCUUUCUGCCAAAUUUCUCCAUUCACACACACACGCACACGUAUUCAAGUAGAACGUACUGAAUGUCAGUAAAACUGCCAACCACAACAACGUCACCACUUCGUCCACCACACUUGCUGGUAUUUUCCUUCGCCAAUCACUCACAAACACAACCACGCAGCGGACGUCAAGUGACAAAGUUUACAUACGAAUCAUUCUGGAGGUCAGACUGCUGCAGCUGGUGUGUAGAGGAGCCAGUCAGGUGCAGGGCGACAGUGAGGUGGCUGCAUGUGAAAGUGUUUGUGCUCUAGUUAAAGCUUGAAGGGGAAUCCCCGUAUUUUUCAACCUGAGCCCUAUGUUGAUAGAUGUGGUUGUUUAAAUGAGCGGUAUUUGCAAAAGUUUUAGAAUCGGUCCAGUAUUUGGCCAGCUGUCACGUCACAGCAGCAGUAGCUGUAAUGUAACCCUAUGGGGCAACUGCGACAGUCCACAAAAUGUUCACUGAAAGUGAUUUUCUUUUCUCACUAAUUAAAGGGUAUUUGCGAAGAGUGCGGUAACCUUACACAUGUCAGUACACAUGGAAGUCUCACUCAACCGUCCGGCAGCGCGUUGUCCCGUCUCUUUAUGUUGCCUCUCUCCCUCCACCUGCUCUUCAAUUAGCAGGAUCUCUUUGUCCUCGCUCUCCAGCUCAAACAAAUAGAGACGACCAUCUAAGACACAAAGGCUUCAUCAGAAAUAGAUUCAGUCAUAAUAGCUUACCCCUGUAAAAUCCAAACUCAUCCCUCCAACUCUCCCUCUUACUCACGUUUCCACCUCUGUCUUCCUUCAGCAACCCAAGUCUCACGUGACUUGGAGUGAGACUCACUUAAGUCUUGUAUCAAGAGGAGGAACAAUGAGCUGCUGCACAGUGAGUGAGACUUCUCAUUGAGUGAGAUGUUUAAUGUUGCCAGACUAUAUUGGUAAAAAAAAAAAAAUAAAUAAAAGAACUUAAAGAGGACAUUUAUGGAAUUGUCGCAUUUGCCCCAUAAGGCUAUAUUGUAGCCACUGUUGCAGCUGCCAGCAGAGACGAUCUACUGGACUGAUUCCAAAAUGUUUGGCAUGUAGCAUUAAUCUACACACUCACAUUUAUAAACAUAGAGCCCAGGUUAGAAAAUUCCAAACUACAAUUCCCCUUCAGCUCAGCUGCCGCCUCAUUAUACAGUAACAUCUACUUCCUGUAGGAUCAAGCAAAGAUGUUCACUAAGUUGGAACUUGUGCUUUAGUGUUUCGAUAUGUUCAAGGCUGUUACACUCAGAGGCUGGACUGUUUCAGAGUGGGGCUUUACCCAUGAUGCUCCUCUUCUUUGUUACAAAGGUGAUGUCACUGCAAAUGACGCAAUUUAAAGAAUAAAUAAAAAAUAAAAAGAAACAUUCAGCGUGCAUUCCGUCAUCUCAUGUCAACAUGUUGCCUUACUUGAAAUGUUCUUAAUGAUCUCAAACCAUUGUGUACAGAGCUGCUUGUGUCAUAGUUUAGGCAUUAACCUACAGAGACACAGUAAAAACCACUAAAACCCUGCUCCAGUGUUUUCCUCCUUUAAAAGUGCAGAUCUCUGAUUAGUUUCUUCAACACAAGCGGCCGUCGCUCUAUUCUGAUGUUCCUCUUCAGAUUGCACGUGCAGAGUUUAAUGACAUCAGGAUACACACCUCAGACAGUGUGAUGCUGAAGGUUUUGUUGAUAUCAUAAUUGAUCUGCUUGAUUUUUUUUUAGACAACGACAAUAAUUUCAGCGCGAAGGCAAAACGUUUGCUGACCUGACUGUUUGUCAUCUGCUUUUCUCUCCAUAUAUUGCACUCAUUAGAUCUGGAUGGAAAAUUAGCCUUUUAUUUAAGUCAACACAUAACUCGUUAUUUAGUGUGAUUACAGUCAAACUCAACUUUGGGUCGUGCUUCCUGCGGAAAUCAGAACAGUCUCUGUUUACAUCUAUUUAAAUAACUGCAUCCCACCUCCUGACAAACUGUUCUUUUCUUUGAAGAUAUUAUAACUUUCUGUGGUUGUCAUUAGAAUUUGAUUGUUAAUAUGAAAUGGGUCGGACGAACCCUCGCUUGCUAGAAUUUGUGAAAUAAACGAGAGCAGUGGCUGUCUGCGAUUUACUUGAA